CAGAAUUCUGGAAAAUUGAAAUUCCAGUCAAACAACAUAACAUUCAAAAAUGUGAAGACUGGUAAAAUUGAUCAAUAUCAAAUUAAUGAUUUGGAACAAGCAUUCUGGCUAACCAGAGCAAGAUGCAACUGCCUGAAAAUUGUUCUGAAGCCUGGAUUAACUUAUAAAUUUGAUGGAUUUCGAGAAAGCGACUUUGAGAAAGUUUCGGAAUUUAUAAAAAAAAAUUAUGAUUUGAAGCUAGAAAAAAAAGAUUCUGCCCUGAAAGGGUGGAAUUGGGGAAAUGCUAAAUUUAAUGGAAACACAUUGGAUUUUCAAAUAGAGAAUGCAACAGCGUUUGAGAUACCCUUAACAAAUAUAUCUCAUAGCUUAGCUUCAAAAAACGAGGUAACAAUAGAGUUCCAUCAAAAUGAUGACGCUCCUGUAUCGUUAAUGGAACUGAGGUUCCAUAUACCAUCAGACUCCGCGGCAGAUGUUGACCCCAUAACAGAAUUCCAUAAUAGCAUAAUGUCUAAAGCAGAUGUUGUGCAAGCAACUGGUGAUGCAAUCACCAUUUUCAACGUACACUGUCUUACACCAAGGGGUAAUUAUGAAAUUAAAAUUUUCCCUUCUUUCUUACAACUCCAUGGCAAAACAUUUGAUUAUAAAAUACCUUACACGACGAUAUUGCGACUGUUCCUACUGCCACACAGAGAUGGAAGACAGUUUUAUUUCAUGGCAAAUCCCCCUAUAAAACAAGGGCAAACGAGAUAUCAUUUCUUAAUAUUGCUCUUCAAUAGAGAAGUUGAAACUACUCUGGAGUUAUCUCUAACUCAACAAGACAUUAAUGAAAAAUACGAUGGAAAAUUGCAAAAAGAAAUGUCAGGUCCUGAGCAUGAAGUAAUAAGUCGCAUCAUGAAAGUUCUUGUCAAUAAAAAAAUUACAGUACCUGGUUCAUUUUUGGGGCAUACAAGAACCCACUCAAUAUCAUGUUCUUACAAAGCGGCCACCGGUUCUUUAUAUCCUCUUGAAAGAGGUUUUGUAUUUGUUCACAAGCCACCAAUCCAUGUAAGAUUUGAUGAAAUAUCUGUUGUCAAUUUUGGAAGAAGUGCUGGCAGUACGAGAUAUUUUGACUUUGAUGUUGAAACUACAUCUGGACCUGUCUAUAAUUUUGUUGGAAUUGAAAAGGACGAAUAUGGUCAACUGUUUGAUUUUGUGAAGCAGAAAAAUCUGAGGGUGAAAAAUGUCGACAAAACGGAUGAAAAGUCGGUUCCAGUUUAUGGAGAUGAUAUGGAAGAAUCUGACGAUGAUGAUCGAGUGCAUAAUGCUUACAUGGAAAAGAUGAAAUCCCAGAGGCAGGACAAAGAUGCUGAUGAAGAUGACGAUGAGUCAGGUAUUAAACAUUUUCCGUUUUUACCCAUUAUAAUUUAUUAA